CUGGCGUCCGUCAUGAGCGCGGAGCUGAACGUGCCCGUGGACCCGGCUACGCCCGCCUGCUCGGAGCCGGGCCACAAGGGCAUGGAUUACCGGGACUGGGUGCGCCGCAGCUACCUAGAACUCGUCACCUCCAACCACCACUCGGUCCAGGCCCUGUCGUGGAGGAAACUCUACCUGAGCCGGGCCAAGCUCAAAGCCUCCAGCAGGACUUCCGCCUUGCUCUCUGGAUUUGCCAUGGUAGCCAUGGUGGAGGUGCAGCUGGAGAUGCAGUACCGGUACCCGCAGACGCUGCUGGUGGCUUUCAGCGCCUGCACCACGGUGCUGGUGGCCGUGCACCUGUUCGCCCUCCUCAUCAGCACCUGCAUCCUGCCCAACGUGGAGGCCGUCAGCAACAUCCACAACCUCAACUCCAUCAGCGAGUCCCCCCACGAGCGCAUGCACCCCUACAUCGAGCUGGCCUGGGGCUUCUCCACCGUCCUGGGCAUCCUCCUCUUCCUGGCCGAAGUGGUCCUCCUGUGCUGGAUCAAGUUCCUGCCCGUGGACGCCGGGGGCCGGGGGCCGGGGGCCGGGGCCCACGCCGGCUGGCGGGCCGCGCUGGUCUCCACCCUCAUCAUGGUGCCCGUGGGGCUCAUCUUCGUCGUCUUCACCGUCCACUUCUACCGCUCGCUGGUGCGGCACAAGACCGAGAGGCACAACCGGGAGAUCGAGGAGCUCCACAAGCUCAAGGUGCAACUGGACGGCCACGACCGCGGCUUGCAGGUGGUGUGACGGGAAUAAACCCGCUCCGUCCGGGGCCCGCGGCC